AUGGGUCUUUUAGAUGAUGACAACGAAUAUGUUGAAGCCAUUAAGGAAGCAAGUUUUGAAGCUCAUUGUCGGUAUUUAAGAUCAUUAUUUGCGACAUUGCUUUUAACAAAUACGCUAUCAAGACCUGAAUUCGUGUGGGAAAAAACUUGGCACUUACUAGGAGACGAUAUUCUAUUCAAGCGUCGUAAAGAGACACAUACCCCUGAUCUAAUUAUUCCUGAACAUCAUUUGAAGAAUCUAAUUUUGGUGGAAAUUGAGAAUUAUUUAAUUUCCAAUGGGUCUACAUUAAGUAAAUUUUCUACGAUGCCCUUUCCAGACGACGAUUCGCUACGUCAAGGUACUAAUCGUCUAAUCAAUGAGGAAUUAUCGCAUGACACACAUGAGUUGAAAAGUGAGUUUACUCUAUUGAAAGAAUCUUUAACUGAAGAGCAGAAGACUUUUUUGUGGAAGACCUUGGCUGCUGCAAUCAGAUCUAAAGGUCAGAUAGUGUUGAACGUUGCUUCAAGUGGUAUUGCUUCAUUAUUGUUAUCUAGAGGACGGACAGCACAUUCUAGAUUUAAAAUUCCCAUAAACUUGACAGAAGAUUCCAUGUGCUUCAUUAAGCCGAACGAUGAUGUUGCUAAUCUUUUAAAAGAGUCAAAGUUGAUUAUAUGGGAUGAAGCCCCUAUGGUGCACAAACAUGCGUUUGAGGCACUAGAUCGAACAAUGAAAGACAUUCUGUCGUCUUCUACGAAUAACUCUUCUGAGCUACCAUUUGGAGGUAAAGUUAUUGUGUUUGGUGGUGACUUUAGACAAAUACUACCCGUUAUUCCAAAUGGUACGAGGCAGCAGAUUGUUAAUUCAUCUUUGAGUUCUUCAUAUCUAUGGUCUGAAUGCAAGGUUUUAAAGUUAACAAAAAACAUGAGGUUGAGAAUUGGAGCUGAGUCAUCUAACAGUGAUUCCAUUCAGAAGUUUGCAAAAUGGCUACUUGAUAUUGGUGAAGGAAACAUUGGUUCGGAAAACGAUGGUGAAGCGUUUAUAGAGUUACCCGAUGAUUUAGUAAUUACCGACUCAGAUGAUCCAAUUCAAAGUUUAAUUGACUUUGUUUAUCCUUCAAUUUUACAUCAGUAUAAAAAUCCUGGAUUCUUUUCAGAGAGAGCAAUUUUAGCACCAAAGAAUGAAGUAGUUCAUGAGAUUAAUGAUCGAUUACUUUCAUUAUUUCCAGGUGAAGAAAAAGAGUAUUUGAGCUGUGACAGUAUAUGUCAAACAGAACAAGUUCUUGAUUCUUUUCAACAAGGUCUAUACUCUCAUGACAAUUUGAAUGCUCUUAAAAUUUCCGGUUUACCUAACCAUAGGUUGGUUCUUAAAGUUGGUGUUCCUGUGAUGCUUCUUCGAAACAUUGAUCAACAGAACGGACUAUGUAAUGGUACUAGACUUCAAGUAACCUUUCUUGGUAAACGAGUAAUUGAAGCGGAAGUAAUAUCUGGCGGAAAUAUCGGCACAAGAGUUUUUAUUCCAAGAAUUAGUAUGGUUCCUUCAGACAAAAAGAUACCUUUUCAAUUUCAAAGAAGGCAAUUUCCGUUAACAGUUUGUUUUGCUAUGACAAUUAACAAGAGUCAAGGACAGUCGCUAUCUAGAGUUGGUUUAUACUUAAAAGAUGCUGUAUUUACUCACAGUCAAUUGUAUGUGGCGUUAUCCAGAGUCAAGAGCAGGCAAGGUGUUAAAAUUUUAUCAUUUGAUUGCGAUGGUAAACCUACAGCGAAGACAUCUAAUGUAGUGUACAAGGAGAUUUUUCAUAACUUAUAA